CGACUUACGACGCUGAGCAACGGUAAACAACAACGAGCGAUAUCGUAACUGCCUCAACUAUAGUACAUUGACUGCGGCAAGUGAUUCUUGUGGAAAUAAUAUCAGACGACUGUGCGUGGUGUGUGAAUAGUGCGAGAAAAAAACAUGUCCGACGACGAAACUGACGUGUACGGCGGUGCCGAUGGCCGUUACGACUUUCUGUUCGAAAUCGCUAGACGCACGCAGAUGAUCUCGAAUUUCGAAGUAUCGGACAACAUAACCAUGGUCAAAAUAAUGGAAUUGCAGCAUCACGGCAAGAUACUGGUGAACCUGUGCAAACUGGAGUUGGUGCGCAAUGCGGUCGUUCGAGAGAUGAAGAGCGAACACAAAGUCAACCUCGAAUCCGUCCAGCAGCGUCUGGUAAACUGGGAGGGUCAGUAUCCGGAUUUGCGAAAGAUGUUUUGCCGCGAAGAGAUCGACUGGCUUCUCAAGCAGAUUGUGAGGUUCGCCGAGAUAGGGAUCGAUCCGAGGCCCUGCGUCGAGUUCGUGCUCAGGUCCGGCUACAAGGACGAGCCCCUGUUGAACGAGGACGGCGAGCCACUGUUGCGUCGCACCACCGCGCUGCAUCUCGCGAGUCCCGCGUGUGGCCACGACGUCGUCGAGCGUCUGUUUGAAAUUUACGACAGAUUCGACGUGAAUUACAUCUCCGAAGAGGAUGGAUCGACGCACUUCCACGUCGCCUGCCAGUUCGGCGUGGUCGACGUCGUCGAGAAAUUUUUCGAGCUCGGCCAGGUCAAUUCCGAUUGCCUCGUGGAAAAAACGGGCGACACGCCGUUGCAUCUGUCGCUGACGUACGGCCAAGUGGACGUGGUACGACUGUUGCUGAGACGAGGCGCGGAUCCCACUUUAGUCAACUCCCAGGGCUGGACUCCUCUGCACGCUCUCUGCGUGAAACCAGAUGUCCGCAACGACGAUAAUUUGGCGGAGACAUUAUUUUUCGUUGCCAACGAAGCUAAUCGUCGAACGAUCGAUAUCGACGCCCGAGACAAGGUGGGCCGGACACCGUUGCAUUUGGCCGCGGGCCACGGCAACGGCGAAUUAUUCGAGCUUCUGCUGAGACGUGGCGCCAAUCCGAAUCUGGCCAACGCCAAAGGAGAGACUCCGCUGCACGUGCUUUGUCACCGCAACAACGUCCACUUGGCUGAGCUAUUUUUCAAGAUCGCGGAAGAAAAUAAUCAGGCCGUGCUGCUGGACGCCCAGGACAAUUUUGGCAAUACACCGUUGCACGUGGCUCUGUACCAUAGCACCGGCAAGAGAAUGGCCGAACUUCUACUGCGUAAAGGCCCCGACUUGACUUUGGUCAACGAAGCCGGAGAGACAAUUUGGCACAUGGUUUGCCAGGCAACGAAAGACGACGAAAUUGCGCAAGACGACGAAAUUGCGCAAAUGUUAUUCAGGAUGUGCGACGAGAGACGUGAGCAGGUGGAGCUCGACUCGUAUGACUUUUGGGGAUACACUCCGUUGCACAACUUGGCGACCGUCGGCCACAAUGUGGCAAUGUGCGAAUUGCUGCUGGCGAGAGGUGUCGAUCCGAACGAUAUGGAUUACAAAGAGGGGCGCACAGCUCUGCACAUCGCCUGCAACGGGGAAAAUAUCGAUCUCGUGCGGACGCUAUUGAACCAUCAGCGGAUUGAGCUCGACAUCCGCGACCAAAAGGGUAACACGGCGCUGCACUUGGCACUGGAAAACGACCAGGAAGAAGCUGCAGAAUUACUGCUGAGAAACGGAGCCGAUCCGAAUUUGGCCAACAACAAACGAGAGACUCCGCUGCAUAUCACUUGCAAGACAAGCUGGGACGAUGAAUCGGCCAAGUUUUUCUUCGAAAUUCUCGACGAAAGGCAGCAGAGAAUACAGAUCGACGCCCGAGAUGAAUUGGGCAAUACACCGCUGCACUGGGCUCUGUUGUGUGGUCAUGAGAAACUGGCCGCAUUGUUGCUGAGACGAGGCGCCGAUCCGACAUUGGCCAACGACAAAGGAGUGACUCCGCUGCAUAUCGUUUCCAAGGCGAGACUUUUCCAAGACGAAGACGUGACGGAGAUGUUCUUCGGGGUCUGCAACGAGAGACAUCUGCAAGUGGAGGUCGACGCUGUGGACGAAAUUCUCGAGAAGAGAGGAUACGACAUGGACCUAAGCGAAGCCCUGCAGGUCUUGGAAUUGUUCACCCGGCUCGGGCUGCUCGUCGAGUCGACGGAGGCGCACGUCGAGUGGACGGAGGCGCUCGAUAAUUUCUGGCGCAACGACCAGCACUUCGCGAACAAAGCGAUCGAGCUAAUAGUAAAGCCGGGCUUGACGCUCUACGAACUGAUCCAGUCGGAACCUAGAGAGGUGACGAAGCUGGUAACGCUGAAGGAGUUCAUCAAGUUCGUUUGCACUGUCCAGUGGGACGACGUAAGACUUCCUAGGGCCUGCGUCAUUCAUGUGUUUGAGAAGUUGUCGAGAAGAUUUUUCCGCAACUGGGCCGUGGUAUCUUUCAUAAAGCUGAUACAUUACCGUCUGCCGCUCGAGUGCUGCGAAAUGGUCAUCGACAAUUCGAAUAUGCAGAACUGGGAUCUUCGCACAAUCUGCUUGGCAGCCGCGGAUGAAACCGUCGAAUACGGCAAUAGUAAUAGUAGCGAUAGUGAUAGGGAUUUAAGCGAUAGAAUCACUUGUCGCGAAGAAUGACAUCUUUUAGUUAAUAAGGUUAUAUGUAAUAAUAUAUUAUAAAAAUAUCUGAUCCAUUGGAAAAUUUGAAAAAAAUAAUAACACUGCUUUUAGUUAUGGAACGUUAUAUCUUUUUCAAUUUCAUAUAAAUUUUAUCCAUGUAAUUAAAUAACGUUGAAAAUAAUGUUAAAAAAUAUGAAUAUGGCCUAUGGAUUGAAAGAAAAGAGAGACUCGACAAAGUAGACAUUUUUUAAAUUAUUCUAUUCUCAUUAGCUUUAACAGUUGAUCGCGACCGACGACUAUAGAAACUUUAGUCGUGACACGAGAAAUUGCAUGCAUUAUGCCGAAUUCGCGCCUCGAAACUUGUUUCCUUUUUGUGGCUGACUCGGGUGGAGUUAUAUCGAUGAGCCACGUCAGUCUUGGUCCCGCAGUUUAGUUCUCCGCGAUAUUUCGAAACCAAUGCCCGAGUUCUUUAUGUCUUCCAUUCGGCAAAUUAGCAGCCACUCUCCUAGCAUUUAUCAUUUAUUUAUAUUAUCAACUUUUCCUAUAUUCCCUAAGUUACAAACGAUAAGCAUAGCUAUAGCGAUAUAUUUAAGUGAAUAUGCAGUUUUUUUAUGUCUGAUGUUAUUUAAUAAUUGUAUAUUUUUAAUAUGAAUCU